CACAGUAGCGUUUUGAACGACAUCAUUCCAGCGAUACCAUUUUUUACUUUCGCAGCCGCUUUCAUUUUACCAGGAUAUGAUCAUGGUCAGGUUUGUGAUAUUUCUUUCUAUCACGGCUCUCCUGUCAAUACCGGGUUUGGCGGCUCCGUUCAGUAGUGAUACUGAUGUUAUAGAAGAUGUGAAUAACCAGAUAACACAGACACUUGAUCAGAUUCUUGAUUCGGAUACUGGUGCCGACAUGGCCGAGGACGAUAGAAAAAAGAGAGAGAUUUAUUCAGUCAACAGUCCAUACUCACAAACGAAAAAAGAUGAUGACUCCGACGAGAAAAGUGAUGCGACCGAUGAAACCUCUGAAGACGAGGACGUAAACGACAUCCGCCGGAAGAGGAGUAUCCUCGAUGAGAUAUCAUCCAUUGGAAGUCCGAGCAGUUCUUCAACGCCCAUUCAGCCAACAAACGACGUCAACAUUGAUGAAGAUGAUGGUAAUGAUGAUGAUGAUGAUGCUGAUGCUGAUAAUGAGAAUGGUAAUGACGAUGAAAAUGACAGGAGGAAGAGAGAUAUCGAAUCUCAGUUAGAGGAAGAUGAAGACAAUGGUGAUGAUAUAAUGUUAGAAAGAAGGAGGAGAGAUACUGAAACGGAAAUUGAUGGUAAUGAAGACAACGACGAUGAUAAUGAUGAAUUCGAUGAAAAUGACAUAUCAGUUCGGAGGAAAAGAGAUACAGACUCGAAUAUGAUUAACGACGAAGACAUUGACAGUAUAAUGGAUAUGGUGAAAAGGGAUACACGAGUAACUAUGGUGAAACCUGCUGCUGGUGUCAAAGCAGCACCCGUUGACAAAUCGGGUAACGUGUUAAUUACUCGGAAAUCAAGAGAUGUUAGUGGAAAAGAGAACACUGAUAGUGAUGAUGAUGAUGAUGAUGAUGAUGAUGAUGACGUCGACGAAGAUGUUGAAGAAAAGGAUAAUGAUGAUGACAAGAACUCGAAGAGGAAGAAAAGAGACAUACAAUUGAAAAAAGAACCGGUUGCUCAUGACAAGGUCACACACAGUGAUGAAUCUGACGAUGUUCCUGUCAUCCGAAAUGUAAGAGAUAACGCCGACGGCAGCGAUGGUGACGAUGAUCGUGAAAAGAAGAGAAAGAAGAAUGAUUUAAGAAAAGAGACAGACGAAAAUGACGAAGACGACGACUUUGACGAGGAUGAUGACGGUACACUAGUAUUACGGCGAAAACGCGAUUUGAGUGACGACGAAGACGAUGAUAAUGCUGAUAUUGUCGAUGAAGACGACAACGAUGAAAAUUUAGAAAGACGGAAACGUGAAGCGUUUGAAAAUGUUAUCGGCCUAAAUGAGGAAGAUAAUGACUCUAUAAUCAGAGUUAGAAGAACCGUCCCAGUGAAGCCCGCCUCUCCUACUCCCCAGCCUUCCUCUAACACAACCUCGCCGACCCCAUUGUCAACCUCCGAGGGUCUACUGCAAAAGUUUCUUCAGAGGUCGACAGUUAACCCUUUUACCGCGUCAGCUUCAAACGACGACGAUGACGACGACGAUGAUGAUAAUGAAGCAGACGAUGAUGACGACGACGACAGCGAUGACGACGACGACGACGAUGAUGAUGUUCCCACUUCAAAAAAGAAAAAGGAAUUAAAAAAACAACUUCGAUCCCUCGUUAAAAGCAUGAGGAGGCACAAGCGAGAAGCACCAGGCUAUGUUCCUCGGUAUACUGAUGCAGACGAUGACCUUCAGAAAAAUGACAUCUUUACUGAAAAUCGACAUAGUGAGAUCAACCUAAAUAACACACAAAAACACACGCAUAUACAUAUCAGGGAACCGUCCGACUUUAGUAUCAAUGGGAUUUCCAGGAAAUCUGCAUCCACCAUGAUAGAUGUUCAUCCGCAUGCUCCGGAAAUAACUCAACUCACAAGUAGUAACGAUGUGUCAUUGGCAACAACGAAACAUAUGGGCGGGGAACCCUCAGGUCCGAUAGCCACUAAGCGGAGCCUUGGCCAGCGAUACUCUACGUUCUUUACGAAAGAUGCAAAACGUCGUGUGUCCUGGGUGGAGCCAAAGAUGAUGAAAAACUGCUGGGCACAAACCAUGCUAGCCUCGCGGUUCGGAUACUCACCCAGUUGUAAUGCUGAUGGCUCGUUCUCACCCAAACAGUGCUUUCUAGAAAGAUGCUGGUGUGUCCACAAAGACGGAAGUCCCGAGAACCAGGAUAUAAAUACCCGCUUUGUAUACUCCAUAGCGGCCAUUAUGAUGGAGUGUGCGCAGAAUCCAUAACCAUAAGUAGCCAUUCUUUAUCCGGAAUGAUCCUUGGGGCUGACUAACGCACUGUGUGCGUAAUGAAUUAAAAUUGAAGCUCAGAUACAAUAAUAAAGUUAUUUGUGUGUU